UCACCAUAAUCACACUCUAGCUUUACUUGUUUCGCCUCUGAUAUUGUAUGUCAUCUUCAAACAACGAACCAGUACGAAGUGCUGGUUCUGCGUGCGUGCAGCAGGGAGCAUCACAGCCAGCAGCCCAGCCUUCUGCAGCAGCAGUACCCUCCUUGGCCCUUGCUAAGGAGCUCCCAGUUGCCGACCCCCUUCCAGAAGGUUCCGGCGGUAACCCAUUCCCGUGCUCAAUCUCAACGGGUAUUUCGAACGUAGAGCCACUGCCCGAAGCCCCAAGGAGUGGUGCUGUCUCCACCUGUGUGCAGCAGGUAGCUGCACAGCUGGCAAGUGACGUCUCUUUGGAGAUGCCUGAAGAGGCGGUGGAAGACCCAUGCACUCAAGACUCCAUAAAAGAAAUGGAGAAGGAUGCCGCUGUCGGCCUAAUCAUGAUGGCUGGGAAUCCUGAGGUGUCCAAGCUGCGUGACCUGCAGAUGGCCAAAAUGCAGCAGGUCAUUCUUGAUCUGCAAGCAGACAAACAACGUCUCGAAAGGCAGGUUUGCCACCUGCAAGCCAGGCAGCUUAGUCUCAACACUAUCCAGGAGCCUAAGAACUGUUUAUAUUAUACUGGGCUGCCUGAGUUUUCAGUUUUUCAGAAUUUGUUUAAUUUUCUUGAGCUUCGGACCGCACACGGGAAAUGUCUCUGA